GCGGCUUGGGCUGACUGCCGUGAAGGAGUGUACCGAGGAUUGCGACAACUUCAUCAGAACCAUCCCAAGCUCCAAAGGUCGACUUAUCACGGGCAGGGAUGCGUGAGACGAUUGUGUCGAGCAUUCACCUAUCUGGUAUUGUCCGUUUUCAUCUUAUUCUCUCUGAAUCAGACGCUUCGCCAUCCGUGGAACUGAGCAGGCAGCUGAUUUCAGAGUAACAGGUCACUGCACCUAUGCAAUACCUGGCUACUGCGACGAUCCGGUCCCAGCUGGUCUCGAAAAGGUCAGUGAUGGACAAUGGGCAUACCAGUGCCCUCACGCAUGGGGGUUUCUGCUUGGGGAAGAAUGCGAAGAUAAUUGCAACAUGCUUCUCUUCGUGGACGACGCGAGAAGCCACGAGAUAUCCAGUCUUCCGCAGGCUCUCCAAUAUUGGCCGGAACAUUGGAGGAGGGAGCAAAACUGGCGCUACGCAGCCGAAAUGAUUCAUCAGGAAAGUUCUUCUAAGGAGCCUGAGACAGCCGAUCGUCUCGCGGGGAGUCUGUACAUGGUAUCUACUCAACAUGGUUGGGGCGACUUUGGAAGCCGGAGUUCCGGUGAGAGAAACUCUUCUGCUCUUUUGACACCGGUCUCAACCGUGCCAUCCACAGCCAAGGACGAUUUGAGGAACAGUUCACGUCAGGAGCAGCAGCCCAGUCCGGUCAGAUCUCGCGAUGAACUUGACAGCGUCAUGCGAAUGGCGACGGGAGCUCGCGCAAGGAGAGCAAAGGCAGAAGAUGAGGAAGCCGAAGCUAGAAAGGAGAUGAAUGAAGCUCGACAGAAGAUGGAGGGAGCCGAGAACAAAAUCCAGCGAGCUGGCCUGGAAGCUAGAAAGCUGACGAGGAGGAAAUCACGGCGCUGAAGAGAGUGACUGAGCUGGCAUUGGCGCGGAUUGGUUUGAUGGAAGAGCGGGUAAAUCCAAAGAAGGAACAAGACUCAGGAUGGUGAUUGAACUCGGUAGCCUCACCCCUAGGGAUUCUUCUCUGGCUUCAGUUGAUGGCGCGUAAUGCGAGGAUUUUGGGGGGAUGAUGAGCGGCGAGUUGCUCCGUGCCCGAUGAGGAUUCCCUGCUCUAUUACCACCUAGAUUUAGAUGACACGGAAAGUCUG